CAACUAGACAUCAACUGCGACAAAACCCCCCACCUAUCUUCGUCUCUCUGCACCGGCCCCAAGACUCAACUUACUUUCUUCAUCACACACAGCCCAUCAACAACCCGAAAGGUGCCGUAUAAAAAGGCUGAAGAACAAAACAAAAGUCUACCUCCCAUUCUUUCUCUCGCUAUUCCUCUUCGAUCUCCAUCCUUCCCCGCCCAAUGGCCACCUUAUCCCUUCUCUCCUCUUCCUCCCUCAAAUCCUCCUCCGCGUCCUCUUCCUUACUCCACCACAACAAUGCUGCCCGCCUUAUCCUGCGCACCCCCUCGUCCCUUACCAUACGCCCUCUUUCCCGUACGCCUAUGUACAUCAGAGCCUUUUCUUCUCCAUCUCCUGCUCCCCCUCUCACCCAAGACGAUCUCAAGAAGCUUGCUGCCGAUAAGGCCGUCGAGUACGUUAGCAGUGGCAUGGUCCUCGGCCUGGGCACUGGCUCCACCGCGGCCUUUGUCGUCGCCAAAAUCGGUGAACUCCUCAAGACAGGCCAACUUAAGGACAUAGUUGGCAUACCGACAUCGAAGCGCACUUUCGAGCAAGCUGCCUCACUGGGUAUUCCCCUUUCUGUCCUCGACGACCACCCACGUCUUGAUCUUGCGAUCGACGGGGCCGACGAGGUUGACCCAGAUCUCAAUUUGGUAAAGGGACGUGGCGGGGCGCUUUUGAGAGAGAAGAUGGUGGAGGCGGCAUCGUCCAAGUUCGUGGUCGUGGUCGAUGAUACCAAAUUGGUGACGGGUCUUGGCGGGAGUGGCCUUGCCAUGCCGGUUGAGGUCGUUCAGUUUUGCUGGAAGUACAACUUGACAAGGUUACAGGAGUUGUUCAAGGAAGAGGGUUGCGAGGCGAAGCUCAGACUGGAUGGAGAUGGGAAACCUUAUGUGACCGACAAUUCGAAUUAUAUUGUGGAUUUGUACUUCAAAACUCCAAUCAAGGAUGCUGGAGCGGCAGGGAAGGAGAUUUCAGCAUUGGAAGGAGUCGUGGAACAUGGACUAUUUCUCGACAUGGCCAGUUCAGUUAUCAUUGCCGGGAAGGAAGGAGUGAGCGUGAAGACCAAGUGAUCAUCAAAGUAGUAAUAAGACGAGAGCGGAGAGGGAAGAUGCCAAGAUGGUUCUUCUACUUCUAUUUCCAGAAAAUCAUGGCCAAAGAUAUCAUCAAAACCAUCAACCAAUUGAAGCUCCCAGGCAGACCGGAGGUACCUUGAAGGUGGGAAAAGAAAAAUAAAGCAAAUUAAAGGAAAUCCAUCAAAUCAACAACUUGAAUAUAUUUGGUCGCUCUACAUACAGUGAGAAGAAAAAGAAAAUGUGAGGAAUGAUUAUGAUCCCUACCAUGAGCUCCAUUGUCGGACAAGUUAACAGAUGUACCCGGGGUUUGGCUGGCUGAUUUAUUGGAUACCGAGAUUCCCAGACUUUCACAAUCCGCUCCCAACGUGCCUGGUAAAUGGUAAUUCUCACAAUAUUAUUAUUAGCUACUGGGCUUGGCCUUUAUCUUUA